CCGGCUAGUACAUUUGUUAUUAUCACUUUGGAUUCACAGCAGUGCGGUUGUCCUGUUGGUGUUAAUUUUAGUUGAAACAUUUAUUUUAAGUGUAGUGCAAAAAUAAAAACAUUACGUCAACAGGAAAACGAUGUUGUUGGAAAAGCUGUGUUUAUUGACUUUAACGUUGGGUUUAGUGAAAUCCGAAUACAAAUAUGAGACUAAAUAUUUCACAGUACCUUUGGAUCACUUCGGAUUUCAGAGAACGGAGACGUUUCAGUUAAAAUAUUUGGUGAACGAAGACUUCUGGGACAGAGGUUCUGGUCCUAUAUUCUUCUACACUGGAAAUGAGGGUCAAAUUGAAGUAUUCGCCCAACACACAGGCUUCAUGUGGGAAGCCGCCCAGGAAUUCAACGCCAAGAUAGUCUUUGCGGAACAUAGAUACUACGGAUCAUCCAUGCCUUUCGGCAACGUGUCUUUGGACAAUAAGCACAUCGGCUACCUGACUUCCUCACAAGCACUGGCCGACUACGCGGACCUGCUGGAUUACCUGCAGGACCAUGCGGUCACUCCCAAAUAUCCCGUCAUUGCCUUCGGAGGUUCAUAUGGAGGUAUGCUAGCUGCAUACAUAAGACAGAAAUACCCUCACCUCGUGGCGGGUGCCAUUGCGGCGUCCGCUCCUGUCCACAUGUUCCCGGGCAUGACGCCGUGCGACGCCUACUACCGGAUCGUCACUGCCUCCUUCAAAAACGACGGCAGCAAACAUUGCGUGGAUAACAUAAGAAGUUCUUGGAGUGCUAUCAGGGAGUUCGCAUCGAACGCCACCAACGCUGAAUGGCUGAGGAAGAAAUGGAACCUGUGUGACCCCCUGAAGAAUUCUUCAGACGUACAGCAGUUGCUCGACUUCCUGCAGUCCUCGUAUGAGACUUUGGCGAUGGUGAACUACCCCUUCGCUUCUGACUUCCUGGUACCGCUACCUGCGUACCCGGUCAGAGUCGUCUGUCAGUAUCUGAAUCAAACGCUCAAUGGAACAAAGCUGAUGGAGGGAAUUGGAAAAGUACUGGACACAUUCACCAACUACAACAAAAAAACCAAAUGUGCUGAUUACAAGAAAGGAAGCGACUAUGGAAACUUAGAUGCCAGCGGGUGGGAUUAUCAGGCAUGCACGGAGAUGGUGAUGCCGAUGUGCACUUACGGCGACCAAGAUAUGUUCGAGCCGCACGCGUGGAAUUUCACCGAGUAUUCCGACGAAUGCUUUAAGAAGUUUAACGUGCGCCCUCUGCCUGACAUCGCCAGGGUCAACUACGGAGGCGACAGGCUGCAAGCCGCCUCUAAUAUCGUGUUUAGUAAUGGACUCAAAGACCCCUGGGCUGGAGGCGGCGUCUUCAACACUAUCAACGAAUCAGUGGAGACCAUGUUGAUCAUCGACGCCGCUCAUCACCUCGACCUGAUGCCCAGCAGCCCCGCCGACCCGUCCACCGUGAAGAUGGCCAGGGAGUUCCAUAAACAGCGCAUACGCCGCUGGAUUCAGAAAUUUAGGAAAUAAGUAAACUAGUCAGUGUAUGCGUUACAACAAAUAAA